AUGGAAACCCCAUUGCAGUUGCAGAACGAUUUCUUUCAAGAGCAGCAGUUCCAGCACUGUAAGUACCAGCACUACUGCAGACAAGAGGAACAGUCCGUUAAGCAGCACGACCAGUGCUGCACCUGCAAUAACGCCGCCUGCAAUGCAAAGAAAAACCCGAAUUUUCACGGGACGUCGCCAACCCCUCUUGGAACUUUAAGGACACCAUCCGUAUCGUCUUCAAGGCAAGGUUGUCAGUAUAGCGUUUAUGAGUUCACGCCAUCUAGUCAUGGUAGUUCAUCUAGACACCAUCACAAUCAGCGGUGCCUCGGUCGGCAAAGAGAUAGCCUGGGCAGUAGCCACAAAGAGAGUAACUCUUAUAACGAAAUAGCCAUGAGCAGCUGCAGAUACAACGGCGGCGUCAUGCGGCCGCUGAGCAACUUGAGCUCAUCCCGCAGAAACCUUCACGAGUUUGAUUCAGAGUCUCAGCCACUACAGCCCAUCUCCACUGCGGAUGCGUCGGAUACCCUAGCCUCAAAACCGGACAACAACUCCACCACACUCAUGCCGUAUGCGUCGGGCGAUGGAGGUGGUGGAUGUAGCCACGGUGGCAAUAAAUCGGGUAAAAAGAAGAACCAGAACAUUGGGCAAAAGCUUGGUCAUAGAAGGGCCUUGUUUGAAAAGAGAAAGCGUCUGAGCGACUAUGCUUUGAUCUUUGGGAUGUUUGGGAUUGUUGUUAUGGUUAUAGAGACUGAACUCUCGUGGGGAGCCUACGGAAAGGAGUCCUUGUAUUCACUAGCGCUAAAAUGUCUGAUAAGCCUUUCUACAAUCAUUCUUCUUGGCCUGAUUAUCAUUUAUCACGCCAGGGAGAUACAGUUGUUCAUGGUGGACAACGCCGCAGACGAUUGGAGGAUAGCCAUGACCUAUGAGCGAAUCUUCUUCAUCUGCCUGGAGAUCCUGGUGUGCGCCAUUCACCCCAUCCCCGGCAACUACACCUUCACGUGGACGGCCCGCCUGGCCUUCUCCUACGCGCCCUCCAAGACGGACGCGGACGUGGACAUCAUCCUGUCCAUCCCCAUGUUCCUUCGGCUGUACCUCAUCGCCCGCGUCAUGCUCCUGCACAGCAAGCUCUUCACCGACGCCUCCUCCCGUAGCAUCGGCGCCCUCAACAAGAUCAACUUCAACACGCGCUUCGUCAUGAAGACGCUCAUGACCAUCUGUCCCGGCACCGUGCUGCUCGUCUUCACCAUCUCUCUGUGGAUCAUCGCCGCCUGGACCGUACGGGCGUGUGAAAGAUACCAUGACAACAUGGAUAUAACCAGUAACUUCUUAGGAGCCAUGUGGCUGAUCUCCAUCACUUUUCUAACCAUUGGCUAUGGAGACAUGGUCCCUAAUACGUACUGUGGGAAAGGUGUCUGUCUCCUGACCGGCAUCAUGGGUGCUGGAUGCACUGCUUUGGUGGUUGCCGUGGUUGCGAAAAAGCUGGAGUUAACCAAAGCCGAAAAACACGUUCAUAACUUUAUGAUGGACACCCAGCUGACAAAAAGAGUGAAGAACACGGCGGCGAACGUUCUCAGGGAGACGUGGCUCAUCUACAAAAACACGAAACUGGUGAGGAAGAUGGACCACGCCAAAGUCAGGAAGCACCAGAGGAAGUUCCUCCAAGCCAUUCAUCAAGCUCGAAAAUUGAGAAGCGUUAAAAUGGAGCAACGCAAGCUGAAUGACCAAGCAAACUCUCUAGUGGACCUCGCCAAGACUCAGAACAUCAUGUAUGAUCUGGUCUCGGACCUGAACGAGCGCGGGGAGGACAUGGAAAAGAGGAUCGCGCUGCUGGAGACCAAGCUGGAGACGUUGCUAGGCAACCUGCAGGCCUUGCCGGGCCUCAUCAGCCAAGUCAUCAGCCAGCAGCACAGGGACUUCCUGCAGGUGCAGCUGCAGCCGUACGACAAACACGAGCGCUCGCACUCCGCCUCCCGCCGCCGGUCCUCCUCCACCGCCCCGCCCACCUCCUCCGAGAGCAGCUAG